AUGUUUGAGGGACCGAGCUUCGGAUCCUUUGGACCCGACACGGACUCGCAGGGCCCACCGCUGGCCGAGCUUGGAGGCAUUGAUUUAAAGAUGGUCUCCGAGGGGGCUGAAGAGCAGGGCAACGAUUCAAUUGCGACAAGCGCUUUGAAGGCUGUGAAGGUAGACUCAACGCCAGCGCUGCAAAACGCACAGAUCUGCGAGCCGGAAGUGCUCAACACGGAGUGCACGAGUGAAGACCAACCAGAGCCCCUGGUCGGCCUACCUCGUGCUGGCGUCCGCACCCGCCUGGCGAGGUUUCAAGGCUUGGAGUACCAGCUCUACUUGCCGAGCACCUGGCGCGACGACGCUCCGCCUAGGACUUACCCUGUGGUGGUCUUCUUGCAUGGCGCUGGAGACGGAAAGUUCAGCGUCAUGAACUCCCAGAGCCUCCCAAGGCUGCUGACCAGGAAUCAGUCCACCUGCUUUGACCAUCGCACCUGCUGGUGCCUCCCCAAGGAAUAUGAAAGGGCAACGGCCAUGAAGGAGGCACCAAUCCAGUCCCCUGAGGCGUUUCUGUCUGAGGAGGAAGACCUUUGGAGCCCCAUGGCUUCCUGCAACUUCGCUCAGACCUUCCCGGCCAUCACCGUCAUGCCGCAGGGCUGGACUGUGGGCCAACGCAUUGGCUGGAGCUUCGAACGACUCCAGAAGGUGAAGCAGCUCACCCAGCAUGUAUUGCAAACGUACCACGGAGAUCCAGCUCGAGUGUCCCUGACGGGGCAAUCCGCCGGGGGUGCCGGUGCGUGGCGCUUUGCCGUCGACUUUGGACAGCUUUGGUCCUCGGUCUCGGUGGUGUGUGCCCCUGCACCGCCGCAGCUCGCCCAAGAGCUGGAGGGCCUGCCCAUUUGGGUGAUUGGUGAUGCAGGUGACGGCGAACGAGGCAACGACGCCCUGGUCGAGGCGCUGAAGCGACGCCACACUGGCCUCGUCCGCUACACGCGCUACACGAAAGCUCCACCACCACCAGAUCCCAAGUACAACUUCAUGCUGGGCCAUGGCAGUUAUGAUCUGAUCUAUCGCGAUCCUCGGCUGUGGCAGUGGGCCUUGGAUCAACAACGGCCCAGUGCUGUCGAUGCGUGGAAAGACCGCUCUCCUCGAGUGCGGUCACGCUGCCGGGCCGGUGAAGUCCCAGAUGGCCACAAGAGCCGAUGUGAGCUUGCCAACAUGGAGUCAAAGAUUCUGGGAUGGCUAGAGCCCAGCUGUUUGGAGGCGCUGCUGCAGCGCGGCUUGGCUUUGCUGGAGCUGGGUCGCCCUUCGGCGGCGGACCACGUGCUGCGGGAGGGGCUUCAAGCGGACGGCAGCGCAGUCCUCGCACGCUCCGCUCCUGAAAGUCAGGAGGUCUUGGAUCAGUUGGAGACCUAUUUGAAAGAUGAAGCCUUACUGCAGCAGGUGCAGAAGCUCAGGGAGACUGGGAAUGAGCAUGUGCGACAAGGUCGUUAUGCUGACGCCUCGUGGUGUUACGAAGACUGCCUGCAGGUCCUAUGGGGUAAGGAUUUGAUCUUCCCCUCUGAAGUGAAGGAGCGCGCGCAGCGCGCAGUUACCGGGCUUUGGCGUCAGAUCCGCGCGGCGGAGACGGCGGUGCUCACCAACCUGUCUUUGUGCUGCCUCCAGGGUGAAGUGGACUGGGCACCCAGUCCCGAACGAGCCAUGCAGCUUUGUGAGAUUGCUCUCACCUACGAUCCAGACCAUGUGAAGGCCAUGCGGCGCAUGGCGCAUGCCUUCAUGGCGUUGCAACGCUACGAGGACGCUGAAGCUGUGCUCACCUCUGCGGCACGGAAGCGGCCGCAGGAUGCUUCACUGCGGCAGGAUCUCAAGCGCGCCCAGCAUCGAGCGGAUGAAGUGCGGCGGAAAGCGCGAGACUGGGAGCGGGAGGCCUUCCGCGACCUCUUCGAACGGCUGCCGGGCUUCGCGACGCCCGAGGCGUGCAACGGUGAGGACCAAGAGGAUCGGUGGCCGGAGACGCAGUUCCCUACGCCGCAGAAAUGCCUGGGAACGCAGGAGGUGCAAGACUACGUGACACACUUGUCGGAAAGUCUUCAGCAGGAAGGUGAGGCCGCGUAUAUGAUGGAGUUGCUGUAUACGAUCCGCCACGCGGUCGAGAUGCAGUGGGGCUCAGGCUCUGGCAAACAGCUACCGCGGAUUGUUCCUUUGGUGCAGGCUUUAACACGGAGCAUGGGUGUGGUGAAGACCCACGAGCCGGGCAAGGCCAUUGAAACAGAACCAGAACACACCUUCGACGCCAUCCCCAUGAAGCCGCUGGAAGGCACCAAAGUGAAAACAGCCAUUGAGGUGAUCAAAUAUGUUCCAGAACAUGGCUUAGAUGUGGGUAUCCUAGUGACACUCAUCAACGAGAAGAAGUUCAACCAACUUCCUGGCCCUCUCGCUUUGCAAGCUGACAUCCCUAUCCCCUUCGCAAUGCAAAUGGUCUUUCGCAAGCUCAGUGUCAAGGAAUACCAGGUUCUUCGACACUUCACCUUUGAUCAGAAGUUGGACGUCCGCCUUUUGAAGUCUGCUGUCUCUGGUGACUUGUACAUCUUGGACUACGGCAAGAACUUUCGUAAUGGACAAGCUGGGUGUCAACUUCUUCUUGAGAAAUUCGUCUCCAAGAAGAUCGUGAAGGCCAAGGAGAAAUCUGCUCUAGAACUUGGCUUUGACUACAUCAAAACCAACGGGCCAAGAAGCAACAUGGGAAAUCGUCAGACUGAGUGGGCCGAAAUUGAAACUCAUCGUGAAGGUAGCCCCAUCUUUGGCUGGACUGCAGGACUUGUCAAGGAGAGUCUUCGGGGCUAUGCAAAUUCCAACAUCUUUGUCGAGCCCACGCACAACUACUUUCCCACCAUGCACGACCUUAGCAACUUGUUUCUGGAAGAAGUCCUGUGCCCUCUUCUACCAGAUAUGAAAACCAAGACUUUGGUCAUGUUGGGCAAUGCUGGGGCUGGCAAAACACCAGCUGCUCAAGCCAUUGCCAUGGCCUUUUCCGAGUAUUGGAUUUUGCGAGCUGGUCAUGAACAUGAACUCCGUCCAAGCUUUCGUCUUUCCAAUAGCCUCGAGAACUUGCGGGGUGAGCCCGGACUACGGGAAAGGCCAGACAUUCUAGAUGACUCUGAUAUGAGCAACAUCCCGCUUCCCAAGGUCAAAGCCUUUUUGGAUAGCUCCUUGGCUGAAACCUUCACCGUGGAGAGGUGGACCGCCACAAAAUUUGUUCUCAAUCAACUUCGAGUCAUCUGCGACAAUCGCGUUCAUGCUGAAGCUGAAGAAGGUCUCAAGAUUGGCCAAACUGAGAUUCCUUUCCAUGUCUUCAUGGACUACAUCAAGACAGCUUUCCACGAAAAGGCGCAAAGGGAGGACAUUCAAGCUUGUCUCAAAAGGUCCCAUUUCAUCCUCAACAUGAACGAAGCCAUCUACGUCCGCCCAGCUGGCGCUGGGGAGUUGCCAGUCCGCAUUGUCCGCUACCCUGAGACUGACAACCGUGAAGUCAUCAAGGAUUUCAUUGCUCCUGAGGGAAAACCAAUCAUUGCUCAGAUGAUGGAAGGCAACCCUACUCCUCCGUCCAAUUGGCUGCAAAAACGGCAAUGGUGUCAUGAUCUCCUGACCUACAUGAUCGAAACCAACAACCUGGAGAUUCCACCUGCCCGUACCAUUCGUGGACGAUCUCUCUUUGGUGGAACCCCUUCCAUUCAAGAAAGCACACUCGCUGCAUCACCUGAACAUGCUUUCGAUCGUCCUGGUGUACCUUUUCUACAAGUGAAGCAAGAGCCAUCCUCUCCAGACCGUGCUCGCUUUCCUGCUUUGAAAAGAAUGCGCACCAGUGAGGUGAUUUCCUUGGACACGCCUUCCCCUGCCAAGCGCUGCUGUGCUUCAUCCAGGUUUGCUGAGGAUGAUGACGAUGGCUUUCCUCAACCUGGAGAUCUGAUGAUGCUUUCGAUGAAGGCAUGGAGCAUGAGUGAGUGA